GUUUCGAGCUCCGAAGUCUCUGCCCAUUUUUAAAAUGUUUUAAGCGGUGAUUAAUUGUGGUUAGAGUGGUGAUUAAGCAGCUCCUUGGCUCCUCCGAUCCAUCGCCGUCUAUAAAUAGGCUCACCAUCACCACCUCCUCUCACUCAUCUCACCCUCUUGAGGCUCACACAACUGCCGCCAUUAGCGUGCUCUCCCUCUCACUCAAGGUCUCCGAUCGAAGAAUCAAGCGAGGUCAAGGGAGCGGCUUGCCUUGCUUUUCCUCAGCAGCCGGCCAUGUCGUCGUCCAUGGUGCCGUCCAAGAACCCGCCGCCGGCUGCCGGGUACGGUGGCGACGGUGAAGGCGGCAGCGUCGACGCCGCCGCGGCGGCGGCGCCGGUGACGAGCUUCCUGUACUUGCACCCCGGCGCGGGGGCGCUGGACAAGGACGCCGUGCUGCGCCGCAUCCGCCACCGGAGGCGCCACAACCGCCUCCGCGACACGCUGCGCUCCAUGCUGCAGGCGCCGCCGCCGCCGCGGCCGGAGCCGGAGAUCAUGGACGGCGCCGAGCGGCAGCUCCCGUGGCCGCUCGACGACGCCUUCUCCGCGCCGUAGCUGAGUGCAAUUAGGCGCUCCUCUCUUGUGCAGAUUAAGCAAUGCCAUGAUCCAGCGUGCGCCUCGCCUCUUCUUGUGUAGAUCGAUGAAGAACAGGCGAAGACAAUCGAGCGCAUUGCUUAGCGCUGUAGUAGAUGUGUGCGUUCCUAUUGUAAAUUAUACUGCAAGGAUGGAGCCAUGGAUGCAAAGAUUAUUCUGACGUCUUCUUCGUAUAAUUGCUUGCCUACUUGGUGUAGUUUUGAAUCAUGAUCGAGUUAUUAAAGAAUGUUUGGAUCAAAUGUUUAA